AUGGCUGAGAUUCAAUCAUCAACCAAAGAGCCUGUCGGUACCCCGCCCACCUCGGAUCCUGCUGCACCCCAGCAAUCCCAGAAGCGAGGACCUUCACUGCAUCAGAUCUACGCCCUUCCAGCGCCGAUCCGAACAUUUCCUCUUCCGACCUUUUAUCCAAACAACCCCGUAUCCUUCUUCCAUGUCGCAUACGCUUGGUUAGGCCAGCUCUGGUCUCCGCCUCCGGCGGAACCGGCUGCUGUGCAUCUUGGAGUGUGGUCUCCUGCUACGUCUUCGGUCCAUAUCACGGAUGAAGUCUCUACUAGAGCCCUGUGGGAGCAAGGCUUCUAUGGAAAGGGUAGUCUUAGUCGAAGUGAGCCGAACUGGCUGAAGCGCGAGAAGGUCAGACAAGGUCUCGCGGAUGCUCACGUCAGCGAGAUCAUGACCGUACAAAGACGAGAAGAGCGUAUGCGCGCCAAGUGGGAACGCGCUCGCCUUGAACAAGAGGCAAUUCGUCAAACGAGACUCGAGGAAGCUCAGGAAGCUGAAGCUCGAAAGGCCAAAGCCCGUGAAGCCAAGGAGCGAGAAUCGCGGGCCGAGGAGCCAACCGAGAUUGCGCAGCCCAAGCCCAUCAAGCCGAUCUCCAUCCCUACGCCUUUGCCCGUCUAUACCUCACCGGUUAGCCCGGGAGCGCUUUUGGCUCUCCCCAACUCCCCGGCGGACCUUGCUCUUGCUACAGCAGCGGCUUCUUCGGACAGCCUUGCCAAUGGCAAUGCUAUCAAUGGAGACGCCCUGUUCCCGGAUGAGCACUCGUCCACCAAUGGGUCGAACGGGGCUGCUACCAAUGGCAAGAUUUCUAUUAACACUCGCGUGUCGAGCUCGAGCCUGUCGACCCAAUCAGACGACUCGAAGCCGCUGAAGCGACGGAAGAGUGUUCGGUUUUCGCCUAAUGUCGAAUCAACAACCUUCCGGCUUGGCGAUCCCCCCAGCCCCCAACACGCAGCUGCGAAUGCGAAGCAGAACGGGUUGGCGGAUGUUAAUGCCGCAGCGUCGGUCUCGCUCAACGGGAAUGCGACCACUGCCGAAGAGGCAACUGGCUCUGGCUCUGGCAAGGAACGCGUGAUUAAGAACAUGGAACACCUCCAGCUGAUGCCAGAGGAAGCCUUCUUUCUCAGUUUCGGCCUGGGCGCAUUGGUAGUCAACGAUCCUACCUCAGGUAGCCGAUUGUCUUCAAUGGAGCUUUUGAGGCUGUUUCGGCAGUACUCGUACUUUCCACCCCGCGUUGAGCCGGAGGAUCCCGCCCUGCAGCCCGACGACAACUUUCUCGUUCACUAUGCUGUCUACCACCACUUCAGGUCAUUGGGAUGGGUGCCACGCGGGGGCAUCAAGUUUGGUGUGGACUGGUUGCUCUACACCCGAGGCCCGGUGUUUGACCACGCCGAGUUUGGCUUGAUUGUCAUUCCGUCGUACUCGGAUCCUCAAUGGAAGGAGUCCGGGAAGCAGAACCCUCGCAAGUCCUGGCAGUGGCUGCAUGGUACCGUUCGAGUUCUCUCCCACGUUACCAAGAGCCUUGUGCUGGUCUACGUGGAUAUACCACCCCCUCCCAAGUUUGAAGAGGCUCUGGACAAGGGCAUCGCCGAGGCUUUCAAAAUGUACAAGGUUAGAGAGGUGAUGGUGAAGCGAUGGUCCAGCAAUCGCAACAGGUAG